ACCUAAGAAAACCAAACCAAACCAAGAUUUACUGAAGAAAGGGGUUUUAAGAAAAAAUAUCGACUCUAUCCUCCGCUUAUGAUCUCUGGACGGCGGCGGCGAUUACCUCCCCCUCCGAUCUUGUUAGUUUCAAACUUUCAGUUUCUCUCUGUCACUGGGAAAGCCAGAAGAGAGAAUGGCUACAAAUAGCCUGAAGAGUAUGAUUGCCGCAGCAGUCAAUAAGGGAGUGACAGAAGCAAGGGCAAGGAUAUUUGGUCACAUACUUAACCCAACAGGUCAACGAUCUACCCACAAGCUUCUGCGCAAAAAACUCAUUGGUGACAAAGUAUCCCAGUGGUAUCCAUAUGACAUCAAGAAGGAUGAUCCUCUUGUCAUGGCUCGCCUAGAACAAGAGCGCUUGUCCAAGCUUGAAAUGCUAAAGCGUCGUGGUAAGGGACCACCUAAGAAGGGCCAAGGCAGGCGUGCGGCCAAGCGCAACAAGUAGAGUCAAUGACAGUGGACUUGUUCCUGUCAGUUAUUUUUGUUGUUUUUUCUUAACAAAGUUUAGGUUAUGGGCCAGUUUCCUCACGGUUGUAAUGACUUCUAUUCAUCAUUAUGAUCAAUGUUUUCAACAAAUGUAUUUGGUUCCAGCAAAUUAAUACGUACUAUACAUGGAAAAUUCCAGAAAUAAAUCGCAUAAAACACGUAAUCUGUGAA